GUACUCGUCACUGGUGCGUCUGGUUUCGUUGGUGCACACUGUGUUCAACAAUUGCUCAAAGAGCGCUACACUGUCAGAGGUACGGUACGCGAUGUGAACAAUCUGAAGAAGGUGAACCCUUUGAAGGAACUCGAAAACGCUGCCGAACUGCUGGAACUGGUUGAGACGGAUUUGAAUGAUGACAAAGGAUGGAACGAGUAA